UCUGCCCGGUGGACGACCUCAACGCGUCCCUUUUGUGUGCUUUUACUCAGGGAUAAGCCUCUUAGUAGUCGUAGCGGGUCGUUUGUAUGCAAUGCAAAACGGGAUGAAGAUUGAUAGUAAAACCCCAGAAUGUCGCAAAUUUUUAUCUAAACUUAUGGAUCAGUUGGAAGCUAUGAAAAAACAAUUUGGUGAUAAUGAAGCAAUUACUCAGGAAAUUGUUGGUUCUGCUCAUGUGGAGAAUUAUGCUUUGAAAAUGUUUUUAUAUGCAGACAACGAGGACAGAGCUGGGCAGUUUCAUAAAAACAUGAUAAAGUCCUUUUACACUGCCAGUCUCCUGAUAGAUGUUUUGACAGUAUUUGGGGAGCUCUCUGAAGAGAAUGUUCAGCACAGAAAGUAUGCCAGGUGGAAAGCAGCAUACAUUCAUAACUGCUUGAAAAAUGGAGAGACUCCUCAGCCUGGACCUAUUGGAAUGGAAGGAGAGAGUUUUGAUCUUGAAAGAGAAGAAGCAGGGUCAUCUUCUCACCAGAGUGGAACAAAUCAACCAACAUCGUCAUCAUCUACAUAUGAAGCUAACAAUACACCAACUAGUAAUUUCACUGGCAUACAUGUACCACCAGGUGCCCAUGCACCAGCUAAUACUCCCGCUGAAGUACCUCAUAACACAGGAGUGACAACUAAUACCAUUCAGCCUUCUCCUCAAAAUAUUCCUCUAGUAGAUCCUUCCCUUUACAGUGCUCAGGCUGCAGGGGAUGUCCGUUUGACUCCAGAGGACUUUGCCAGAGCUCAAAAAUACUGCAAAUAUGCUGGCAGUGCUUUGCAGUAUGAGGAUGUGAGCACUGCUGUGCAGAAUCUACAGAAGGCUCUCAAGUUACUGACUACGGGCAGAGAAUAAAGCCUUUAAUUCAACAGAUUCAUGUCAUUUGCCUAAAGAACUAACAGCUUAUUACUGUACCUGUUAGGGGAGUGGAAAUAUACAGAAGUUCUCCAUCUCAGCACCUGUGACAACGAAAUCAUUUUUUCAGUGUCAGCAGGACUCUCCGUUUUCAUUUUUAAAACAGUGGAGCUAGAAGCAUAUGAAUGCAGUUGCUUGAUGUAAGCAAAAUGCUGAAGAAUGUAACGUGAACACUGCUUAAGUGUUAGAAUUCAUACUUCAGUAUUUAGAUUAUCAGUAUGGGAAAUCGCAAAUCUGCAAAAAUGUUGAACAUAACAAUGUUCCAUUAAAAUUCUGCCUCUGCUUUCAUUUUUUCAAACAAUUAUUUAAGUUAUUUAGCUUUACAUUCACGACUUCCUCCAUAAAAGAAAGCAUGAAAGAAGACUGACAGAUAUGCAAAAUGGGAAGGACUUUUUUCCAUACCUAAAUUAUUUGAGUAUUAUCUGAGACAUAAAGUUAAACAGGACUUGAGGUUGUUUGUAUAUUAUUUUAAUACAUGCAUUUGAGAACAUUUCUUAAUACAUCAGGAAGAGUAAUUUUGAUUGCAUUCCAGCCCAACCACCACCAACUGCAUGCAGUCUUGAUCACUGAUUCUUUGCGUGAACACUGAUGAUUUUGUUUAUGUAUGGUUAACUCAGAGAAAGUACUAAUAUUUAGUGGAGAUGGUCCUGCAACUAAAAGCAGAGAUGCCAAACAAUGUGAACUCCUAGGGGAACUUACUUCAUAAAUGUUUCAUCUCUUUAAUAAAUUGAAUCACAGGACAGUCCCACCAUUUGGUUCAUCUUUGGUAUUAGGGAUCUAAAAGUUAGUAUUCCCAGCUAACAUUCUUUCUGUCUGCUGUGCUGUGGAGGCUACUUGGUCUUGGGAACUAAUUAAAAUAUCUUGGAAAUUGAAUUUUGAGUCUGUUUUCAGUGUGCUCCUGCUAAUUUAGGGCUCUUGGUUGCUAAGAAUUCCUCCAUGCUGUUUGAAAAAAAGACUAAGUAGUCUUUUAACUGGCAUGACAUAGUAAUUGAGUACACCACAAAGUAUAUCUGAUUUAUGUAAUAUCUUUUAACAGCAGAUUAUCUGAUAUGUCUGUCUUUCCAAGCUCUUGGAUUGAAUGCACGUCAUUUGUAACUGCACUGUUUUUGCAGCAUUUGAAAUGUGUCUGAAACUCAAAGCAAAAAGUUGAGAAAAAUAUAAUCAAACAUAAGCAUGCAUUAGAACUGAGCUGAUAUUAUUUUAUGAGCUCAGAUUGACUGUCAGCAAGUUUGAAAAGGGUAGUGUGAAAUUUGUUGAUGUAGUUUUAAGCAAGAUAUAAUAGUUAGAACACCUGAACUGCUUGUGUUUGCUUUCUGGUACGGGUGUGGCUUGUUGGUAUGGCAUGCUAAUCUGGAUAGUGGUUUGGAUUAGAUUUUAAUUGGAUCGGGAUGUUUAGAAUAAAUCUGUCUGAAACUUUUUUGACAAUUACAUUGUAUAGAACCUGUUAGUAAGCCUAUAUUUUGUAUAGUGCUUCAUGCAAGAUAGAUCCUUUGGUAUCAAUCUGAAUUUCUAUAAAUUUUUCCAUGUAAAUUCUUCUAUUACAGUGUGAUUGGAACAGCUGCUUUUUAGUUGUAUGAAGGAGGUGGAACUUUGCAUAUGUAUUCCAUUGUUACUAAAAAGAAAAUAAUAAUAAUCAAAAGUUGCUUUCAUUUGUGCAUCAUACCACUGUUUACAAAUACCAGAUUCAGUCCCCAGGCCAUGAGAAGGGAGGUCAUUUUUCCUGUAUCUUUUUAUAAUAUAGUUAAAAGGACUUCUGGACUUUUAUAUUAAGGCAGCUUUGAUGUAAUAGUGUAUUAAUUUGUGGCUUUUCAAUGAAAAAAAUUUUUUAGUGCUUGAUAUGAAAUUAAAACACAUAACUAAGGCAGCUGAUAACUAAAUUGAAGUAUUUAUUAAAGUGUGUAAAAAGAC